GCCGUGGUAACCCCAACUGUUGGCAAAUUCCAGGCUUUUCAUUCCGACUCUGCUGUGCAGCUGACGCCUUGCGACAAAGCCACGCGCCGGCGCCGCCCGCACAGUACGACUUUCGCGCUGUGGUGGCGAUGACGACCAUUCCACCGCGGCUCUUCGACUUGAGCGAUGUUUUGAAGUCUUUGAUUCGACAAUCACGGCCACCAGAUGCCAUCUACUUAUCCAUUCCCUACUUCUACUCACGUAGCUGGACGCCCUACGAACAUCCCUGGUGGUACGGCUUCAUGGGCUCGAUGAUGCGCAUCGUGCGCUGCGAACAGGAUUUUCGCAGCAACACAGGUAUACUAUGCAUGCUGCAGUAUGAGCAGGAUCCAAAUACCAGAAUUCUGGUGGUGGAUGAUGAUCAACUCUAUCAUCCAUAUCUCCUUCAGCGCAUGCUGGCCAUCAGCGCUGAUAUUCCCGGAGCGAUGAUUGGGGGUCAGUGCUAUCACCGACCUGGGAUUCCAUGCUGGAAGCACAACAAGAGGGGAAUGUGUGCAGUUCCCAACUUGGUCCAUACAACCUACGGCAUCCUGUUCCAACGUCGUUUCUUCGAUGCUGGCAUCUUCAAUUUCGAUGCGGCUGCGAAGGCUCUCCAACGAGGUUAUCCAUCCAAUGGACCUUCCAGUGACUAUGUCAUUACCUCCUGCAUGCUGGAGGACAAUGUUUGGUGGGAAUCGCAUCUUGCGCGGAAGGGGAUUCCCCGGGUCCUCCUGAGCACCCGCUUUGAUGCUAAGACCAUUGCUGACUUGGCCUUUGGACAUGGAGCUCUCACCAGCUCAGAGGACAAGGUGGGCUACCACCACUUCCACUUUGAUCGGCAAGAUCCACACAGCACGGCCGCGGCGUUGGAUACCUGCACCGAUGCCUUGGCUCUUCUCUGGGGCCCCAGCCUGUGGUCAGUGCGACAACGACGCGUGGUGGCCACAGACCUGGAAGAGGUUUCCUCGUUGAGUUCCUUUGUGUCGUCCAUUCCGUGGUGGGAGGCUGACCACGUCUAUGCAUUCCUUUGCAGCGGUCGCUCCUUCUUCCAGUGGCGCCGGGACUUGCGGAGUCACGGCGGGUUGGACGCGCAGAUGCACUACAUCCACCUUCUGGAGAAUAUGGCCAACCCUAGCUUCGUCUCCGAACCCUUCGACCCUGGCGCCUUCGUCCCUGCGCCCAUUCUCACGAAGGAGGACAAGAAAAGCAUGGCGCAUUGGAAGCACAUUCUGCCUGCGCGACAUACGCCUGGACGGGAAGCUGCUGGCUCCAGGAGACCGCUGGUGGACGUGGUGGAACUCUGUCCCGCGCCGGCGGAGACGCCACCAGCUGCGAGGUCUGCGUUGCCCCGGUGUGGCGACUUUAAGGCCAGAAUCUUGCACCAGACGUGUCAGAAAGAAGGUCACCUGGAAGAGCGUGUGGAACUGAUCGAGGCCAGCGGUUUCGCAGGUGUGGCCUGUUGGGCCCCGCAGGAGUACUGCUUCUCUGCCAUGCUACCCAGGAAUCGAACAUGGCAGAUCAACAGUGAAAGCGUCGCUCAGUGCCUCCCCGCCAGCGCCACCUUUUACCACGCGCGGCGCCUGUGCGAAGCCUUGGACUCCGUGGUGCCGACGCCGCAGCAGGCGGUGCAGUGCUGUCGCAUGGGUUGCUUGGGCCUUCAACGCCUCUGGGUGGCUUCAGACGUGCCGCCCUGCUACGAAGCCUACGAUACCCCGGAGCCCGCUACGAACGUUUCACACCGCCACGGGUCCCGCCACGUGGAGCCCGCCACGAGGCUUUCGGACCGAGAAGGUCUGGCCAGAAGCUUCCUACAGCAGCAUGAAGAAGCGAGUGGCACGGAGAUUCGAUGGGAUUGGCGUGAGGAAAAAUCACCGGGGGCCCUGACCAACGUUGUGGGGAUGACUUUGGCGGCCGGUGGAUACGCUGUGGGCAAGGUCUCUGCGAGCGUCCGAAAUAGCCUCGACCCAGAUGCAAAACAGGGCGUGGCGGAUUCCGACAUUUUCCAGAUGGCUUUCGGCACCUGGCUACGGUGCAACGGCAUCGUGCCCUCAGUGACGUAUGAUCCAGUUCCGCCGGUGCCAGGCACGGAGGCUUUCAAGCCAGAGGAUGUAAAGCAAACUCCUAUUAUCCUGUGCAAUCACACGUGUUACCUGGAUGGCAUGGUUUUGGCCUCUGUCUUCCACGGUCCAAAGAUUAUUGCCAUGAAGGGCACUUUGAACGUGCCUGUCAUCGGUUUAUUCGCGCAGGACAUCGGUGUCAUCGAGGUGGACCGUGCUGACCCCAAAUCCCGUGCUGCCACAAUCAAGGCCAUUGAGGACCAUGUGGCAAACUGGAAACCGGGGCGUCAGCCGCUGCUGCUCUUUCCGGAGGGCACCACCAGCAAUGGCCAAGGACUAUUGGAGUUUCGCAAAGGCGCCUUUGUGCCCGGGGUGCCCGUCCGUCCAGCAGUGCUAUGUUACACUGGUAGUUGGGACCCUGCCAACACGAGCUACCGAGAAACAGAUGGCAAGAUCCAGGCGAUCGAAGAUACCGAAUGGGCCGAGCAGUUUUUGGGUCACAUGAUGCAUUCGGUGCAGAUCCGAGUGCUGCCUCCCUAUGUCCCCUCGGAGGAGGAAAAGGCGGAUCCCCUGGUCUUUGCGUCAAAUGUGCGGAAGGUCAUGGGUGAAGCUCACGCAGAACUAAGGAAAGAGGUGGAGCUGAAAGGCAGGCCGACUACCAUUCAGGCGAUUGCGCAGAAAGGGGUUGACCUGGUGGAGGAUGUAACGUCGGGCGUGACCUCCGGCCUUACCUCCUUGGUGAAGCACACCCGCGAUGGAGCAUUGGCGGUGAUUGGAACGCAGUCACCACAAAGUUCGCCAGGUGGGCAGGAAGAGUUUCGCCGGGGCGUCAGUGGCAGCCUUGCUGCGCGCGCAGCCCACAAUCGUGAGAGACGUCACAAGACGCCUGCCUCAUCGCUUCAAGCCUCGCCUGCCUCAUCACCGUCGUCACAGCGAACAGUGUGACGAUGGGACACGGGAGGGCAGGCGGUAAAAAGGGGACUGCGAUAAGUUAGUGGAAUAAUCC